UGGGGGAUCCCUCCACUUCCCUCUUGCCAGGGUCUGUAGUGGUGUCUGGCUUGUGUCUCCAGCCUGGGCACCCCAGGGACUCUCCCCUACCCUGGCUAACUCCUUCUCCCUGCAGGGAGCAGAGGCUGACAGGCCUGGUGGUGUUCAUACUCACAGGAAUCUCCAUUUUCCUGGCACCUGUACUCAAGUUCAUCCCAAUGCCUGUGCUCUACGGCAUCUUCCUGUACAUGGGGGUGGCGGCAAUUAGCAGCAUCCAGUUCACGAAGAGGGUGCAGCUGUUAUUGAUGCCAGCCAAACACCAGCCAGACCUCCUGCUCUUGAGGCAUGUGCCUCUGGGCAGGGUCCACUUCUUCACAGCCAUCCAGCUUGCCUGCCUGGGUCUGCUUUGGAUAGUCAAGUCUACCCCUGCAGCCAUCAUCUUCCCCAUCAUGUUGCUGGGCCUGGUGGGGGUCCGAAAGGCACUGGAGUGGGUCUUCUCAGCACAGGAACUCCUCUGGCUGGAUGAGCUGAUGCCAGGGAAGGAGAAGAGCAUCCCUGAGAAGGGGCUGGAGCCAGAGUACUCAUUCAGUGGAAGUGACAGUAAAGAUUCGGAGUUGAUGUAUCAGCCGAAGGCUCCAGAAAUCAACGUCUCUGUGAAUUAGUUGGAGUAGGAGUCUGGAGACCCCAGGAAACUGAGCAUGAGUUCCUCAGGAACCCCAGAGUCGGGGAGAGGGUAUAACAGCCUCUUCAGGGGGAAGAAGAAAACAAGUGAGGGUACCUGGGCUUGGCUCCUUGCAGCACUGAAGGCUGGCCAGUAGAGGGAGCUCAAGGUCACACCAAACUGGAUGUGGCAUUUGGGAGGUGGGGACGGGAGGAGUUAGAUGACAAAAGAAUAGAAGGAGAGGGAGGAGAAGAAGGAAGGAUGUCUUUUAGCUGCUUUCCUUUGCCUCUGGAGGCUCCUCCCUGGGCUGCUGAGAACCACACUCCAGACAAGUGGAGGGAUUCUCUGUCACUUGCCCUCUCUGCCAUUCCUUCUGGGCACAGGAACUCUGCUGCCAGGCUUUGGGAGAGGAGGGGGAGUCUUCUGACCACCCCCAAUGCUGGGCUUUAAUAGCCAGCAGCGACACUCUUCAGGCUACCUA